AUGUCUUUCCGUCCACCGCGUUCAUUACCCAUCUUAACAUUAUUCCAUAACGUCAAGUCAGAGAGAUCCAAAGCAGCACUCGCUCUACUCCAAAGCAGGCAAAAGAACGCCUCUGGAGAAGAAAAGUAUCGCAUCGAUGUCAUUGACGAAAACCAACAAACGCCAACCGACACGCAACUCAAGCAAGUAGCCAGUUUUCUCAAAAGCCCUGCACCCUGGAAGGAAAUGAUGUUGAAUGAUCAGAUUACCAACGCACACGACGCCUUCAAGGCAUUGAAAGAAAAGCCUGAUUUGCUCAAUUGUCCCAUUGUGGUCGACUGGGAAAAGGGAAAAGCAGUGAUCGGAUCUCCUACAUUGGAUGCCGUUGAACAGUUAAUUCAAGAGAGAAAUAAAUAG